AUGUCCUCCAGGGUUACUCGUUCUGCUGCGAGAUCAGCUGCAGAACCUCACCCGUCUACCAGCGCCGGCUCUUCUCCUACGAAUCCCGCCGCUGGUUCGGCGUCGACUCGGAAGCGCAAGGCCCCUCGUCCUGACCAGCCCGUGGAAGCCUCCGACCUAACAAACCCCUCAUCUACUCCUCGGAAGAGCAAACGACAGCGCCGCGCAGCGUCCCCUCCCGUCCCGGCAGCACCUCCAGCAGCUUCUACUGCUGCCACCCGUCGCGGCACUCGCAACCGUCCAGCUACUAUGUCCCAAUCCGGUUCAUCCUCGCGGCCCACGGAGGAUUCGACCAAGACUCAAGUCUCGCCUCCAACAUCUCGGCGGAAGUCUAAUAAGAGCGGAAGGUCGGAAGAGCGUAGCUCGACCACCCAGUCUCCAGCGCGCCGGCAAAAGAAGCGUCCUUCCAAGAUCGAUCCCGAUGUGCUGAUGAGAGAGGCGGAAGAGGAAUUGGAGGAGCAGGACCACAUUGAAGAGCACGAAUCGUCGCCGCCAAGUGAUAACCAUGAAGGCACCAUUCCGUCGACCUUGGACGACGACGACGACGACGGCGACGAUGACGACGAUGAUGAUGAUGAUGAUGCGGACCUCUUCCACAACAGUUUGUUCGGGGCUCGAGGCCACCUAGGCCUUCAGAGUACCCUACGGGCUCUAAGCGGCAUGAUGUCGGGCAUGUCCUCGCGCUUGCGCGAUAUUCUGAACAACUUGAGGAUGAAAGAUGACCCGUCCAUUCAACUGAUAGCUCUUCAAGAGCUCUCGGAGCUACUACUAGUCUCCAACGAGGAUAAUCUGUCAGGCCAGUUCUCUCCGGACCCAUAUGUGAAGGAAUUAGUGGCCCUGAUGCAACCAAACGACUUUGGCGAGGAGAACCCAGAGAUCAUGCUCCUUGCGUGUCGCUGCCUGGCCAAUCUGAUGGAGGCCCUUCGUGGCUCAGUGGCCAAUGUUGUAUAUGGUGGAGCUGUUCCGGUUUUGUGCCAGAAACUACUGGACAUCCAAUUCAUUGACCUGGCCGAGCAAGCUCUCAGCACUUUAGCCAAAAUUUCGGUCGAUUUCCCUGCCUCGAUCGUGCGGGAAGGUGGUUUGACAGCCUGUCUGACUUACCUCGACUUCUUUCCUACCAGCACGCAGCGCACGGCCGUGACAACUGCUGCCAACUGCUGCCGCAACUUGCCCCACGACUCAUUUCCAGUUGUUCGUGAUGUGAUGCCGACCCUGCUCAACGUGCUCUCCAGCAACGAUCCCAAAGUGGUUGAACAGGCGUGCCUUUGUGUUUCGCGGAUCGUUGAGAGCUAUAAACACAAGCCGGAGAAGUUGGAGGAGCUGAUUGAACCCGCCAUGCUGAAAGCUGUACUUCGAUUGCUUCUGCCCGGAACCACCAACCUCAUCGGGUCGCAUAUUCACACUCAGUUCUUGCGUGUACUCGCGAUCAUCUCCAGAGCCAGCCCUAAAUUGUCCGUGGAGCUGCUCAAAAUGGACGUGGUCGACACUUUAUACCAGAUCCUGACGGGGGUGUCGCCUCCGGCCAACUUGGACGAUACGGCUAUGAAGAUGGACAGCGUAUUGGUCAUGCAAGCAUUGAUCCACCGUCCCAAGGAACAGGUUUUUGAGACUCUUGAUGUCAUCUGUGAGCUGUUGCCUAGCGUCCCGAGCCGGCAUGUCCCACAACUCGAAGGUUUGAUCGGGCCCAGUGGCAUUUCCAAGCAUCCUAAGGCGCAAGAGACGGCCGAGAGACGGCGCGAAUUGCUGUUGGAAUGUAAAACGGAACUCAAGCGGUUUGCCAUGAUACUGCUGCCGACUUUGACCGAUGCUUACUCCAGCACUGUCAAUCUGGAGGUUCGCCAGAAGGUUCUCACCGCUCAACUCAAGAUGCUUCACAAUUUGGACGUCGGUUUGAUUGAAGAUGCUCUGAAAUCGGUCCCUUACGCAUCUUUCCUAGCAGCGAUCCUCUCCCAGAACGAUCACCCCACGCUGGUGUCUCACGCUAUUCGUUGCGCAGAACUCCUGUUCUUGCGCCUGGAACAUGUCUAUCGGCAUCAAUUCCAUCGUGAAGGCGUCAUCUCCGAGAUCUUCAAGCUUGCUCAGCAGCCGUUGUCGACAAACAAGCUGGAAAAGCAGACUGGCGAUACCACCACGAAGGACACCGCUAAGGAAGAGAAACCCGCUGCGGAAGCCCCCGCCAAGGAUAGUUCCGUCUUGGGCUCAGACGACGAGGAUGGGCACGACGACGAUGAAGCAGAAGAUGACUAUGAUGAGCCGGAGGACGAAGAUAACGAUGACAUUUCCGAAAGCUCAUCGUCAGCCUCAGGCCAACUCGUUGCUAACAAGAUCGCCAAUGCAUUGAAGGAUCUCGUAAUUCGCAACGCCCAGGGCUUUGUCAGUCAGUACGAAGCUAGUCAAGGCAAUGACAUGCGAGAUAAGGCCUUGGAGAUUCUUAAAGAAUUGCAAACUCUUGCUUCCGAUCUCGAGGCGUGCUACUCGGGCGAUGAGACUGACGACGGACUUUCCCUCUUCAAGAAGUUGGCAACUUACUUUGACGGCGAUGCACUGGAGAGCAUCACUAGCUCAGAGCUGUUGAACUCUGGCAUCAUCACAGUUCUUCUCAAGGUCUUUGGGGAUUUUCAAACAACGUCUAUGCGCGAAGCUCGUGCCGCCUUUUUGCAAGCAUUCAUGGGGUCGACCAUAUCCGAAAAGGCCCAAAGCCAGAGUACUGCAACUACCCCCUUUAGUGUGCUCAUUCAGAAAUUGCAGGAUUUGCUCAGCAGGACUGAGCAUUUUGAGGUCACCACCGUCAGUCACAACUCAUUGGAGAAUACACGUAGCAAUGCCGCCUACAUGCUUGGGAAGCAACUCCGAUUGAAGCUUGUGGCAGAUGAGGAUUCCGACAUCCCCAGAACCUAUCGCAACAUCAUGGUAUCGAUUCAUGCCAUCGCGACUUUCAAGGCCUUGGACGAUUUCUUGCAUCCGAGAAUUAGUCUGUCUGAUAGGCCAAGGCCAGCGCGUAAUCACGACUCGAUCCUUGCCCAACUUGCAAAUGCAAAUGCAGCCCGGCUUCGUGAGCAAAUAGCUGAUGCAGAGCGCUUUAGCAGCGGUAGCCCUCAGCUGCCACGAACUUCGAGCACGACGAAUAACCCGGCUAAGCCCGGAGAAACUCCUGCCGGUGGCGACGAGUCUGAGACAGGACUGAGACGAUCAAGACGUCACGAAGCCGCUGCCGAAAGUGAACAUGACAAUGAGCCGCUCGAAUGCGCAGACGAACGGCAAAUGAGCGAUGACGAAGAUCAUGAUGAUGAAGGCGACGACGAGGAGUUGAACGCCAUUGUGGAUGAUCUCGAUGAAGACCUUUCGGACGACAAUGCCCAAGACCCUACUGCUGUCAACAUGGAGGUUGCAUCUUCCGGCAAGGUGACUGCUCGCAAAGAAGAUGGCACCCGUGUAGCUACACCAUUGCAGACGCCCGCUUCCAAGUCAACGACAUCUGCACCGAGCGCCGGCCCGAACCCCUCAUCUGGUAGCUCCUUGGCAACGGCAGGUCGACCGUUCUCGUCUUAUGCGGCUGCCAUGGCCUCAAUCCCUUCAGACUGGCACAUCGAGUUUAGCAUUGACGACCACCCAGUGUCUAGUGAUACCACCAUCUACCGUGCAGUGCAUCACAAUCGUCAGCAUGUUGACCCAAGCGUGAAGAACGUUUGGUCGGCAGUGCACACAGUCAAAUUCCGGCGUGUCCCAGGGCCCCCUCCUCCUGAACCCUCAUCUAUCACUCAGGGAGGCUCUGUCUCUGCCAAGCCCGAGGGUGAAGAGAUGCCGGCUUCUCUCAGUCAAGGUCCCACGACCGCGGUGAUCCUCCAGCUUCUCCGUGUCUUGCACGAGAUGAAUGCCACUCUCGACGAUAUAAUUGCGGAGACUAAAGAGCUUGUCGCACUGAAGCCGGAGCCAUUGGCCCAAUUCAUCAACACUAAGCUGACUGCCAAGCUCAACCGACAAUUGGAAGAGCCUCUCAUCGUGGCGAGUAGCUGUCUCCCUAGCUGGAGCGAGGAUCUUGCCCGCCUCUUCCCAUUCUUGUUUCCGUUUGAGACGCGACACUUGUUCCUCCAGUCAACUGCGUUCGGCUAUUCGCGCGCGAUGAUGAGGUGGCAUAGUUCCCAGAACGGCGAUGACAGCCGCAAUGACAGUCGGCGCGAUGACCGACCUAUCCUCGGUCGCUUGCAGCGGCAGAAGGUGAGGAUCUCAAGAAGCCGUAUCUUGGAGUCUGCCAUCAAAGUGAUGGAGCUCUAUGGGUCUUCUCCGAGCGUGCUGGAGGUUGAAUACUUUGAGGAAGUCGGUACCGGGUUAGGCCCUACUCUUGAGUUCUACUCCACCGUCUCGAAGGAGUUUUCGAAGAAGAAGCUGAAGAUCUGGAGGGAGAACGAUUGCGCCAAUGGCGAAGAGUACGCGUUUGGCAAGCGCGGUCUGUUCCCUGCGCCCAUGAGUGAGGCACAGGCUGCAUCGGAAGCCGGUAAGAAGCAACUGCACUUGUUCAAGAUUCUCGGAAAGUUUGUUGCCCGGUCAAUGCUCGACUCUCGAAUCAUCGACAUCUCGUUCAACCCAGCCUUCUUCCGCAUUGCUGACAGCUCAACCUUUGUUGCGCCGUCGCUUGGCACCGUGAAGGCUGUUGACCAGGAUCUGGCGAAUUCGUUGACGUUGCUGAAGCGCUACGCCACUGCGAAGAAGGCCAUCGAAGAGGACAGAGGGCUGUCUGUAGCUCAGAAAGCUCAGGCUCUCCAAGCCGUUGAAAUUAAUGGGGUCAAGGUCGAGGAUCUAAGCUUGGAUUUCACACUACCUGGAUAUCCAGCUAUUGAGUUGAUCAAGGAUGGUUCGAACAUCCCCGUGAUGAUCGACAACGUAGAUCUGUAUGUGGACAGAGUGGUGGAUAUGACCUUGGGCAAUGGAGUCCAGCGUCAAUUAGAAGCCUUCCGAGCGGGCUUUUCCCAGGUUUUCCCUUACUCGGCUCUGCGAACCUUCACUCCUAACGAACUGGUUAUGCUAUUCGGCCGCGCCGAGGAGGAUUGGACUAUUGAGACCCUGAUGGACUCCAUCAAAGCUGACCAUGGCUUCAACAUGGACAGCCGGAGCGUGCGGAACUUGCUUCAGACGAUGAGCGAGCUGAAUGCACAACAACGACGAGACUUCUUGCAGUUUGUGACCGGCAGUCCCAAGCUGCCGAUUGGCGGCUUCAAGAGUCUCACUCCGAUCUUCACGGUGGUCUGUCGGCCCAGCGAGCCGCCAUAUACCCCCGACGACUACUUGCCUAGUGUCAUGACCUGUGUCAACUACCUGAAGCUUCCCGACUACAGCAGCUUGGACACCCUUCGCGAGCGACUGUCUGUUGCCAUCAAGGAGGGCCAGGGUGCAUUCCAUCUGUCGUAG